GGGUGAUUCGAACAUACGGCAGCGGUUUGGGAAUGGAGUCACUCCGAGGGCACCGAGUAAAUUUGCAGCCGCUUCUUGUGAAUAGACGCCGUGCCUCUCAGAUCAUUCUAAGUAGGAUGACGGUGUACCUCUAGAGGUAGGUAAGGUAGAGACCAGCGUCGGGAGAUUCCGCCACGUGACGCUGUUUUGGGACGAGGAAGUCGCCGAUGCAUUCACAUCCCGUCCCCGGACCUGAACCGACAAUGUCUUUCCAAGAAAUCAACCACAACGACGAGUUUUAUCGACGUAUGGCACUACUCUCAUCACGACGGCCGCAAGAUGCAGGAUGUCAUGCGUAUGUGCUGACGGGCCGUCCCUGCCACCACAGCGACACCUGGGUAACCGGAUGCGCUUGGGUCGAGAUUGGCCGAUACAACAGGGAUCAACAGGUUCUCAAAUAUAUUGGCAGUUCACCCGGCGUCAUAUCUCCAACUAACCUGGAUUACCAUCCAGGCAGAUUUGCUUCAACAGCAUCACGAGGAGUCGUGCAUCGCCGGAAUUACCCCAAAGUGUCACGCCGGAGCCGAAUACCUGUUGCAGUAGCAGAUGAGGGCAUCUCUUACGAUUUGGUGGUGGCACCAUGUGUACUUGCAUGGAUGCGGUCCGCUACCUGCCGCGUGGGGGGUUCCGACGCCGCCAUCUGCCACAUCUCGUCGGAUCCGACAGUGAUGGACUUGGGCGAAGAGACAACCCGGGCACGGAGAAGGGGAUCGAAAAACUAGGUUUAUGCACCUGCGGCUGCGGCAAGAUUGGAUGUGAUGUGAUGGGAGGGAGGGUAAGAAUGGCACGAGGAUGGCAUGCCAUGCACGCACGCACACGCACGACGGGAUGGAUGGGCGGUUGACUCGCGGAACGACCAGGCCAGGGACCAAAUUCAAGUUCUGCAGUCC